CCUGCGCCCGGGGCCCGGCUCCGGCUCCUCGCCGCCGCCGCCCUGGCCGGCCUGGCCGUCAUCAGCCGAGGGCUGCUGUCACAGAGCCUGGAGUUCAGCUCCCCCGCCGACAACUACACCGUGUGUGAAGGCGACAAUGCCACCCUCAGCUGCUUCAUUGAUGAGCAUGUGACCCGAGUGGCCUGGCUGAACCGCUCCAACAUCCUGUACGCUGGCAAUGACCGCUGGACCAGUGACCCCCGUGUUCGGCUGCUCAUUAACACACCCGAGGAGUUCUCCAUCCUCAUCACGCAGGUGGGGCUGGGUGACGAGGGCCUCUACACCUGCUCCUUCCAGACCCGCCACCAGCCGUACACCACUCAGGUCUACCUCAUCGUCCAUGUCCCUGCCCGCAUUGUGAACAUCUCCUCGCCUGUGACGGUGAACGAGGGAGGCAGUGUGAAUCUGCUCUGUCUGGCCGUGGGGCGACCAGAGCCAACCGUCACCUGGAGGCAGCUCCGAGACGGCUUCACCUCGGAGGGCGAGAUCCUUGAGAUUUCCGACAUCCAGCGGGGCCAGGCGGGGGAGUACGAGUGCGUGACCCACAACGGGGUGAACUCGGCGCCCGACAGCCGCCGCGUGCUGGUCACAGUCAACUAUCCCCCGACCAUCACGGACGUGACCAGCGCGCGCACAGCCCUGGGCCGGGCCGCGCUCCUGCGCUGCGAAGCCAUGGCGGUGCCGCCCGCGGACUUCCAGUGGUACAAGGACGACAGACUGCUGAGCAGCGGCGCGGCCGAGGGCCUGAAGGUGCAGACCGAGCGCACUCGCUCCAUGCUCCUCUUCGCCAACGUGAGCGCCCGGCACUACGGGAACUACACGUGUCGCGCCGCCAACCGCCUCGGAGCGUCCAGCGCCUCCAUGCGGCUCCUGCGCCCCGGAUCCCUGGAGAACUCAGCCCCGAGGCCCCCGGGGCCACUGGCCCUCCUCUCCGCCCUGGGCUGGUUGUGGUGGAGAAUGUAGUCUCGGCCAGUGCGGUGGGGCGCCUCCCCCAGGGGGCCUCAGGCCAGAGCAAGAGGAGGAGGGGGAGCAAGCGCCGUGGGUCUCGAGGGGGCAGAAGAGCUCUCAGUCACUGAGGAAGAGGAGGAGGAGGAAAGAUCUUUAGAGAACCCAUCACUGUGAGGGAUAACGCAAAAUUAUGCAUCUUUCUACAGCCAUUCUCGCCACCCGUUCACCGUUCCGAUUGUGACCCACCCCGGUCGCCCCGCACCCCUCCCUCAGCUCAGGCUGCUCACUGGCUCGUGUGUGUGUGUGUGUGUGUGUGUCCGAGUCCGCACGUGUGUGUGUGUGUGUGUCCGAGUCCGCACGUCUGUGUGUAUGUGUAGGAGUGGGCCGGGCAGGGGAGCACGAUCCCCCCACGUCCCCCGCCCGACCCUGCCGGCCUGCCCUCUGGUUGGAGGUAGGUGUGGGCGCUUCCGGCGGAAGUGAGACUAGAAUGCGCCCUCCCGCGCAUGCACGCACCGACCCCACCCCAUCCCACGUCGUCCAGCUGCACCUCGGACAGGUGGGGAGUGGGGGGAGCUGUCACCGUCCAGUCAUCCAGCCUUUGUGUCUAGGUGGGGACCUCCUCCGUGGCUCCCAUGGUUCUGUCCCUCCCUGCUGUACACCAGCUGCCUGCAGCCAGAGCCCCCAUUGCUGGCGCAGUGGCCUGAGACCUACCCACGUCCCUCUCCGUCCCCACCCUGUACUUUCUGGCCCCCUCCCGGGCCAAUCGGUGCUUCCAUCCAACUGUCAGGCUGGUGGCCGUAGCCGCCUGCCUGUCCCAGUGCUCUGCCCUCCCCGGCCAUCUGCAGCACCAACCAGCUGCCCCUGGGCCCCUGCAGUUGUCCCACAGGCGUGGGCUCCCCGGCCCCUCCACACACUGGACCCCCAGAGGCUGAGCUGACCGUCCUCACACACGCGUACACACACACACACCCGUGACUGUGACCAGCAAUAGGCCCUGGCUCCGGCUGCCUUGUGGCUGGUGCCCAGCCAUGGUGUCCCCAAAGUGGGCACUGUCUUCAGGAAGGGACGUUGUGAGACUGUGGCCUCAGCUCUGAUGGCCGGAACACCCAGCCCUGGUACCCCGCACCACACAGAGCAGGGGGGAGAGCUGGUGCACUGACACCCUGAGCCACUGAGCCCGGACGAAGUCGCUGUGUCACCAGCCCCGACUCCCGAGACCCUGUAUAACCAUCCACCCCACCCGGAGCGUGAAGAGGGCAGAGGGGGGUACGGGGCAGUGACUGUACCUCAGACGGGGGCGUGGGCCCCAUCCCACAUUGUCUUCCAUUCCCAGGGUCCAGGGGACCGGGUGGGGUGGGGGAGGGGCGCAGGGAGGGGGGCGGGGGGCCCUGGGGGCCGUGUGUUCCAAUUCAUGGGGAGUGUUGAGACCACCACACCAAUAAACGCCUUUUUCCAAAGUCUCUGCUUACAGAUGUCCGUGUGGUUGAGGAGUCGGGUAAGUGGAGUCCCAAGCGGGCCUGCCCCCGUUUCUCUCUGGUAGAUUUGGAAUUGGCCCCUUAGAGAGCUGGUCCCUCAGUGGCUUAAGCCACUCAGCAGUGCUUCUUCCCACCGUGAUUGGUUCAGAUAUACUUGACCGGGCCAAUGAGAGGGCGCCCUUCUGCGGGUGGCCGGCUCCGAGACAGCAGCUGCUGUCUGCCGGGUGGAGAGACGAGUCCGUGGGGCCAGCAGCGGCCGGGAAGACGCGUGUGGCGGCUGAGACUGAGCUGCACCGCAGAACGCAGAGUGGAAGGGCUGAGACUGAGUCUCUGGGGACCUGAUUUGAGCAGCUGGAUCGAAGUGUACCUGAUGCUGUCCUUCACUUACACAAGCAAUAAAGUCUCGUGUGUGUA